UCAAACGGGCGAGAACACGGUGGCUGUUGACGGCAGCCAUCUUAACACGCGCCAUCUGCACCGUGCUCUAAUGAAGUUCGAAGUCUUUGUAGAAAUCCACAACCAAUUCGCUUUUCCAACCAAGUUACCGUCUUCGUGGUGGUGCGGGCCGAAACCUGGCCGCGUCGUCGUCGACGCAUUUGAGGUUAAUUUCUCUGUUGUCCCGACCACCAGCUCGACAUUAAUUUACAAACAAAAGGCAAUUUGACAGAUUUGGGACUAAAGGCAGGGACCCCCAAUGGGACAUUAACUUCACUCGCAGUAUCAUAUAUUUUUAUAGCUGGAGCUGCACUCAUAAGGGCCUUACGAAUGCCCAGUAACAGAUGUGUCAAUUUAACUCAUAAAUUUCAUCCACAACCUCAGACAUUCUUGUAGUUGAGGUUCUGCUUAUCGCUGAGACUUGUAAUUGUCAGUAGCAGUGUUAAUUCAACUAGUUUCAGCAGAAAUGAUGUACUUUAUACAAUGAUAAGCCUGCUGAAGAUAUAUCACUGCAUAAAUCCGAGCUUAUAUAUGUUUACGUGAUUGAUUAGAGAGCUUACUUGAGUGAGGAAUAUGUCUCAAGUGCUAUCGAUGAUUUGUUCAAAGGUUUAAAAAUGUUUUAAACGAUACGGAUGUGACAAGAAAAAAAUGUGUAAUAUUAGGUAGCUUCUUAUUGUCACUGUUCUUCUUAUUCGUCAGAAUUGGUGAUCGAACAGAUACGUGUAAAAAGACAGCAAGUGUAAAACCCAUAUGCCAGACAGGUGUAAAUUCUCAUGAGGAUGUCGAACGACGAGGUGAACAAGCGUGACCACAACUAUAGCGAGGCUCUAUUGCUGUCCCCGCAAACAACACCUUCACAAUCGUACUCUACUGAUGAUGGUGAUUACAACGUCAGUGUCAACUCUGUACCCAUCCGGGGGAAAUCCCGGCUGACACGUGAAAUCGGUCAGAUUAAGGACAUUGACGAACUAAAGAAGAUAGCACCGCGUGUGCGUCUGCAGGAUGCUCAAAGUCUGAGUGAAUUGACGAAGAUUUCUAUGAGUAACAGUAACUUACACAGCAAUGUGUCAAUUUCUGACAGGACCAAGCGAGAGCUGAAGAAGUACUGUCGUACCUGUGCUGGUUUGAAACUGCCCUUGGUGGACAUCUUCAGCGAGCGGGGCAACCAAAUGCGAUUGAGCCAGCAAAUGCGACAUCUGGAAGUCAUCUACCCUUACGACAACUUGUCCACGCAGAUGUGCAUGGACUGCAUCUGCGACCUGAAGAUGAGCUACAAAUUUUUUAUGCAGAUCAAAAAAGCACAGGUAAAGCUUAAGUCAAUUCUUGUCAACCUGACAACGACGAUCGAUAACGCAGCAAUGUCGAAAAAACCGGUGAUCGAUGAUCCUGAACCAACACAGCCUUCCACGGCGACGAAAGAGAACGAGCCGGAAUCAAGGAUAGCAACCUCUGUAGCCGAGGAGAAUCUUUUUACGUCGUCGCCUAUAAACGAAGACGAACCUUCUCCCACAAGUCAGAAAGAUGAAGAACCAGUCUCCGCUAUUUUUUCGCUGCAGGAUGACACAAAGGAGUCGACAGAGGAACAAGAGGCCAUCGGGAUUUUCGAGGAAGUGGUAGAGGUGGUGGGCGAUGACGACGAGGAGGAUGAUGACGACUCCAUCGAGGAGUUCGAUCCGGAAGAUCCGGAAGAUGAUUUCCAAGAGCAGGAUGUACAGGUCGAAGAAGUCCAGCAAGAAGAAUCACCAGCCGUUUAUAAAUACGAUAUGGCGCUGAAAUCGUAUGUGCGGCUGGAGGGAACCGCUGAAGAAGCGAUAGCCGCCACUACUCCAGUACUGGCGCCUACCCAAGUAGUGCCUGUCUGCGCCGAAGGAGAGGAAGAAGAAGGUUCAAGAGAGCCAGGGCAGCCGAAUAUAUUGAAGAAAAGGCUGCUAAUGCCGGCGAGGACAAAUUUGGAGGGAGAGUCGGGAAGUAGCGGAGGAGAGACGGCGGCGAAGGUUCAGAAACUGGACUUAAACAACCCUCUGAGCGUGAACAACGCCCCCGAGGAGGAUGGAGUUAUGUACGUGACCGUGAAAGGUGCCAAACCGAACGAGAUACUCCUGGUGAAAGUAAAAAAGAUGGACAAGCAAGCAGAACGUACAUCCGCUGAGACCAAGUCCGUCGAGCGUUUUUUUAAACGCCACGAGACCUUGUUGAAGGAUUAUUCGCGAAAACCGGAUGCGCGCGAGCAAAUAAUCGAGGAACAAAUUGAAGAAUACAAGCGGAAGCGCGAGAAGAUUCUCGGUGAUCAGUCGGCGAUGAUCUUCUCCCUGAACGAAAGCCGAAAGGAGUCGCAGAAAGAGAGUUCUCCAGUUAAGUCAAAUUUUGUUCAGCUAGAAGGGAUAGUGAAAGAAGAAGAAAGAAUGAAUAUAAAUGAAGAAUUGAAGGAAGAGGAGAUGAAUGUGGAGGAAGUGAACACGGAAAAGCCGAAUAUGAAGGCACCGAAAUUACAACCGGAAGAAACAAACAGGAAGAAGGAAAGCCUGCAAAGAGAGCUGGAGCAGUCCUGCAAAGAGGCAGAUUUGGACAGGUUGGCGAGAAUCUUGGGCAAAGAGAACCAGAAUCUGCAGGAAUUCCAAGAGUAUCUGAAGCAGCGCAAGAUUAUCAUCACGCGUCUCAAAGACGAGGAUAUCAUCACUCUGUACGAGGAUCGUCACAGCGUUCUCAGGCCUCGCGACGCUCUGCCCGACCUCAUCGACACUUCAUUGCCGGCCGAUCCUCUCCCCGAGGAAUAUUACUUCGAGUGCGACUACUGCCCGGAAAUGUUCUCCGCUCGCGAAGUCUUCGAGGACCACCUUAAGGCUCACGAUUACCGCAUAAUGCACUACUGCGAGGACUGCGGUGAGGAAUUCACGACCAACAAGGCCAAGAGGAAUCACAACAUAGCCUGCCUGAAGAAGCUGAUUUGCAAGUACUGCGACAUGCUGAUGGACACUCGAGGAAGGAAGCGUCGGCACGAGCAGAAGCACGUGGAUAAUCUCUACGGUCAGCUGUGCGAGAUCUGCGGGGAGCGGUUCAAGCACCAAGGCACCCUGGACCAGCACCGGAAGACUCAGCACACGAUUUUAGAGAAGAUCUAUCAGUGCCCGAAGUGCCCGAAGAAAUUCGCCUUCAAGCAGAAGCUCAGCUUCCACCUGAAGUCGGUGCACACGACCUUGAGGGCUUUCCUCUGCGAGGAUUGCGGCGCGGAUUUCAAGAAUCCGGCCAGUCUGCGGCAUCACCGUAUCAGGAAGCACCAGCCGGUGGGCAACAAGCGCGAGUGCCCGGUGUGCAGGAAGCUAGUGCCAUUUUACAGCCUGUCGAAGCACAUGCACACCCACAAAGCGUACAGCAUUCAGUGUCCGCAUUGCGACAAGAUGUUCAAGAACAGCUCGACGCUGAAGCAGCACGUGAGAAUUCACGAGGACCAGAGGCAGUAUCGUUGCGACACGUGCGGGGUAGGUUUCAACAGAAGGGACGGAUUGAGGCUGCACAUGAGGGUGCACCAGAAGACGGACAGCCGAGGGCUGAAGGAGUGCUCCUGUCAAGUUUGCGGGGAGAAGUUCCCGAAUCACUCGACAUUGGUGAUACACAGGAACAGGGUGCACAAGGACGGCAGACAGUACACAUGUCAUAUUUGCAACAGAUCGAUGAUAUCGACCAGGUCUCUAGAAUGGCAUAUGUCGCAUAUUCAUAAAGAAUCUAUGCCAGGUAAAGUCGCACGAAUUGUUCGUGACGAGUCCGGCCUGCCUGAGAAAAAGCGGGUUUCCUGUUACCAUUGCAACAAGACAUUUAAAACGGAGAUGAUCCUGCGCACGCAUAUCAAGAAAACGCACAUGGAGAAGGAUCCGAUGAAGUGCGCCGAUUGCGGAGAUACAUUCACGUCGGAAGUACGUCUGCGUCAUCAUAUGAUGGUCACGCAUAAUCGCCUGGAAGGCACCCUGGAAUGCCCACAUUGCACGAAACGUUUCGUCAACCAGCUGAGGUUGAAGACGCACAUGAUCUCGCACUCGGAGGAGAGGCCCUACACUUGCGAAGUCUGCGGUUUCACUCUGAAAACCAAGAUCCAGCUGAUCAAACAUCAUCAGAACCGACACAGCGACGAGCGGCCGCUGCAAUGCAGGUAUUGUCCGUGGCGUUGCAAACAGGUGAGCGCUUUGGUGUGCCACGAGCGCACGCACACCAACGAACGGCCUUACGCGUGCAGCGUAUGCCGGCAGCGUUUCAAGUAUCUCGGCGACAAGAACAAGCACGAACGUCGCCACGAGAGCCUCGGCGGUGCCGGAUUCAAGCGCAUCGUGCCCGGUAGGAAUAUCAAGACGAAGCCGCGCGAAGAUCAGUCUUCGGCGUCCGAGCAGGAAGUGGAAAUCAUGAAGAACCCAAUCGUUAUUAAGACGGACGCCGAAGGUGUCGCCGAAUGUGUGACCGAGGAACAAUUUGAAGAACAGCAGCAGAACGAAGUAUUCAAAGAGGAACAGCUUGUGGAGUUUGAGGAACAACACAUAGUGAAGUUCGAAGAGCAGCACAUCUCGGGAGAAUACGAACAGGUGUACGAGCAGGAAUACGAAGAAACGUCGAGGGAGGCUUCAGAGGCCACCGAGGUGAUCAUGAACAUGGAGGACCCUAGUGUGUACACGGAAGAGGUAACCGCCGACAAUAUAGAGGCCGCGGAUAUGAUAACCGAGGACGAAAUAAUAACGGGCGAUAUCUUGCAUUCGGCGACUGCCGGCGGCGCUACCGCCGCCGUCGUGCAUCUGCAGCAGCAGGAUGACUCUGGGAAAAUUCAAGUAAUACCGGUGAUGCUGUCGCUACCCGAUCUCACGGACGCCAACGCCGAGGUUAACCUCGCCACCGCGUCCAUCAUGUACAACAAUUGACGCGUACUGCAAUCGACGUCGAAUGAUUAAUAUUUACGUGCGACGGCCACGUCAUGAACAAUUUUAUCGUGUGUUUGUUCGGAAAGAUCUAUAAUUCGCGUCGAAAUUCGAUGGGAAAUCCUACGUGAAGUUUCGUUGCGCAGCGGUCAGAAACAUUUGCACGCGUUUAGAAUGACGUCUGUUUCGGUGAAAAUAUGAUCUCUACCUCACCGUCGAGUGGGUAAGCAGUGAAAAUACCAACACUGUAAGUAAAUAUUGCAUAUCGUGGCUCUCGAAUCUGUGUUGCAAAUUACAGAUCAGACGGAGGUAUGUAAUGCUUAGAAGAAAGAAUUGGACUUUCCGCUGGAGUUCAGCCACGGAUAAAACGCGAAUUUCGCAAGAAUUGAGCGGUCAGUGAUAUAUUUAGAACAGUCGGUAUACCCCACUGAACGCUCAACUCGUCUUUCAUCAGUAUAUAUAAGAAUUGUAAUAUUGGCUAAAAUUAUAAUAUUCUAACGAGCUUGAGGUCUUCUUUCUUGUAAUUUGACUUCAUUCUCGCGACAUUUUCCCAUGAGUGGGAACUCAGUGGUUAAACUGGUCAGUGAAUAAAGAAGAUGUAACCGUCAACGAGCGUUGAUACAUGACUAAACUUAAGAUUCCACGAAUGGAAGAAUGAAAGGAGGUUCAAAACGAGUAACACAAUGAGGAAAGGAAUGAGGAAGGAUACAAUUGCCUAUGAAGCUUGGGUAGUAUUAGCGACUUCACAUUGAUUUCAUAAGCAUUUUUUUCAAUCCUCUUUGUGCUUCGCUUUCGAUAUAAAAAAUCGCAUGAAUUCUUUCGAUUGCCUAAGUAUUUCCAGUGGUUCUAGAUAGUGCGAAUACGAAGCUUAUAACGUGAAUGUCGAUAUGGAGACGUACGAGAAAGAAUGAAAUUAUGGUAGAUUCUGAAACAAAAACUAA